AUGCUGGACCCUUCGUCCAGCGAAGAGGAGUCAGAUGAGAUUGUAGAAGAGGAGAGCGGCAAGGAGGUGCUGGGCUCGGCCGCGUCCGGCGCGCGCCUGUCUCCCAGCCGCACCAGCGAGGGCUCGGCCGGCAGCGCCGGCUUGGGGGCCGGCGCUGGUGGCGGCGCCGGGGCCGGGGUGGGCGCCGGCGCCGGCGGGGGCAGCGGCGCGAGCAGCGGCGCCGGGGCCGGGGGUCUGCAGCCCAGCAGCCGCGCCGCCGGCGGCCGGCCCUCCAGCCCCAGCCCGUCGGUGGUGAGCGAGAAGGAGAAGGAAGAGUUGGAGCGACUGCAGAAGGAGGAGGAGGAGAGGAAGAAGAGACUGCAGCUCUAUGUGUUCGUGAUGCGCUGCAUCGCCUACCCCUUCAACGCCAAGCAGCCCACCGACAUGGCUCGCCGGCAGCAGAAGAUCAGCAAACAGCAGCUGCAGACCGUCAAAGACCGGUUUCAGGCUUUCCUGAAUGGGGAAACGCAGAUUGUGGCUGACGAAGCCUUCAUGAACGCCGUCCAGAGUUACUACGAGGUGUUCCUGAAGAGCGACCGUGUAGCCCGCAUGGUCCAGAGUGGGGGCUGCUCUGCCAAUGACUCACGGGAGGUCUUUAAGAAGCACAUUGAGAAGAGGGUGCGCAGCCUGCCUGAGAUUGACGGCCUCAGCAAGGAGACUGUGCUAAGUUCUUGGAUGGCCAAAUUUGAUGCCAUCUACCGUGGGGAAGAGGACCCCAGAAAGCAGCAGGCCCGGAUGACGGCCAGUGCAGCCUCUGAGCUGAUUCUGAGCAAGGAGCAACUCUACGAGAUGUUCCAGAACAUUCUUGGGAUCAAGAAGUUUGAACAUCAGCUCUUGUACAACGCCUGUCAGUUGGACAAUCCAGAUGAGCAAGCUGCCCAGAUUAGACGAGAGCUGGAUGGACGUCUCCAAAUGGCAGACCAAAUAGCCAAGGAACGCAAAUUUCCCAAGUUUGUAUCCAAAGAAAUGGAAAACAUGUACAUCGAAGAGCUAAAGUCGUCCGUCAACCUGCUCAUGGCCAACCUGGAGAGCAUGCCCGUGUCCAAAGGCGGGGAGUUCAAACUGCAGAAGCUCAAGCGCAGCCACAACGCCUCCCUCAUUGACAUGGGCGAGGAGAGCGAGAACCAGCUCUCCAAGUCAGACGUCGUGCUGUCUUUCUCCUUGGAGGUGGUGAUCAUGGAAGUCCAGGGACUCAAGUCUUUGGCUCCAAAUCGCAUCGUGUACUGCACAAUGGAGGUGGAGGGAGGAGAGAAACUACAGACUGACCAGGCCGAGGCUUCCAAACCCACCUGGGGCACCCAGGGGGACUUCUCUACAACCCACGCACUGCCCGCUGUGAAGGUUAAGCUGUUCACGGAGAGCACGGGUGUCUUGGCCUUGGAAGACAAGGAGCUUGGGCGGGUGAUCCUCCACCCCACGCCGAACAGCCCCAAGCAGUCAGAGUGGCACAAAAUGACCGUCUCCAAAAACUGCCCUGAUCAAGAUCUCAAAAUCAAACUUGCCGUCCGAAUGGAUAAGCCGCAAAACAUGAAACAUUCUGGGUAUUUGUGGGCCAUCGGUAAGAAUGUCUGGAAGAGAUGGAAGAAAAGAUUUUUUGUAUUGGUGCAGGUCAGCCAGUACACAUUCGCCAUGUGUAGUUACCGGGAGAAGAAAGCAGAGCCUCAGGAACUUCUGCAGCUGGACGGCUACACUGUGGACUACACCGACCCCCAGCCAGGUUUGGAGGGUGGCCGAGCCUUCUUCAACGCCGUCAAAGAAGGAGACACAGUGAUAUUUGCAAGUGAUGAUGAGCAGGAUCGCAUCCUCUGGGUACAAGCGAUGUACCGGGCCACCGGGCAGUCACACAAGCCUGUGCCCCCCACCCAAGUUCAGAAACUCAACGCCAAGGGAGGAAAUGUGCCACAGUUGGAUGCCCCCAUCUCUCAAUUUUACGCAGAUAGAGCUCAAAAGCAUGGCAUGGAUGAAUUUAUCUCUUCCAACCCCUGUAACUUUGACCACGCUUCCCUCUUUGAGAUGGUGCAACGCCUUACUUUGGAUCACAGACUUAAUGAUUCCUAUUCUUGCCUGGGCUGGUUCAGUCCUGGCCAGGUGUUUGUACUAGACGAGUAUUGUGCCCGAAAUGGAGUCCGUGGCUGCCACCGACAUCUCUGCUACCUCAGAGACUUGCUUGAACGGGCGGAAAAUGGCGCCAUGAUCGACCCCACCCUCCUUCACUACAGCUUUGCCUUCUGCGCAUCACAUGUCCACGGGAAUAGGCCCGAUGGAAUCGGAACUGUGACUGUUGAAGAAAAGGAACGUUUUGAAGAAAUCAAGGAGAGACUCCGGGUUCUAUUGGAAAAUCAGAUAACACAUUUUAGGUAUUGCUUUCCAUUUGGUCGACCUGAAGGUGCUUUAAAAGCUACACUCUCGCUCUUGGAAAGGGUUUUGAUGAAAGAUAUUGUUACCCCAGUGCCACAAGAAGAGGUAAAAACAGUCAUUCGCAAAUGCUUAGAGCAGGCUGCUUUGGUCAACUAUUCAAGGCUCUCAGAGUAUGCCAAAAUUGAAGAGAAUCAGAAGGAUGCAGAAAAUGUAGGCCGGUUAAUCACUCCUGCCAAAAAGCUUGAAGACACAAUACGUCUUGCUGAAUUAGUCAUUGAAGUUCUCCAACAAAAUGAGGAGCACCAUGCAGAGCCACAUGUUGAUAAAGGAGAAGCCUUCGCAUGGUGGUCGGACCUAAUGGUGGAGCACGCGGAGACUUUCCUGUCGCUCUUCGCGGUGGACAUGGACGCAGCGCUCGAGGUGCAGCCCCCCGACACCUGGGACAGCUUUCCACUGUUCCAGCUGCUGAAUGAUUUUCUCCGUACCGACUAUAAUUUGUGCAAUGGAAAAUUUCACAAACACCUUCAAGACCUAUUUGCCCCACUUGUUGUUAGAUAUGUGGAUUUGAUGGAGUCCUCAAUUGCACAGUCCAUUCACAGGGGCUUUGAGCGGGAGUCAUGGGAACCAGUCAAGAGUUUAACCAGUAACCUACCCAAUGUGAACCUACCCAAUGUGAACCUUCCCAAAGUACCAAAUCUACCAGUUAACAUUCCUCUAGGCAUCCCACAAAUGCCUACUUUUUCGGCACCGUCAUGGAUGGCUGCUAUAUAUGAUGCUGAUAAUGGAUCAGGCACUUCAGAAGAUCUGUUCUGGAAACUCGACGCCCUUCAGACCUUCAUUCGGGACUUGCACUGGCCUGAGGAAGAGUUUGGAAAGCACCUGGAACAACGGCUGAAGUUGAUGGCAAGUGACAUGAUUGAGUCUUGUGUCAAAAGAACCAGGAUUGCAUUUGAAGUUAAGCUGCAAAAAACCAGUCGAUCAACAGAUUUUCGAGUCCCACAGUCAAUAUGCACCAUGUUUAAUGUUAUGGUUGAUGCCAAAGCUCAAUCAACAAAACUUUGCAGCAUGGAAAUGGGCCAAGAGCAUCAGUACCAUUCAAAAAUAGAUGAACUAAUUGAAGAAACUGUUAAAGAGAUGAUAACCCUCUUGGUUGCAAAGUUCGUUACGAUCUUGGAGGGAGUACUGGCAAAAUUAUCCAGAUAUGACGAAGGGACUUUGUUUUCUUCUUUUCUGUCGUUUACCGUGAAGGCAGCCUCCAAGUAUGUGGAUGUACCUAAACCCGGCAUGGACGUGGCCGAUGCCUACGUGACUUUCGUCCGCCACUCUCAAGAUGUCCUGCGUGAUAAGGUCAAUGAGGAGAUGUAUAUAGAAAGGUUAUUUGAUCAAUGGUACAACAGCUCCAUGAACGUGAUCUGCACCUGGUUGACGGAUCGGAUGGACUUACAGCUUCACAUUUAUCAGUUGAAAACACUAAUUAGGAUGGUGAAGAAAACCUAUAGAGACUUCCGAUUGCAAGGGGUCCUGGACUCCACCUUAAACAGCAAGACCUAUGAAACUAUCCGGAACCGUCUCACUGUGGAGGAAGCCACCGCAUCAGUGAGCGAGGGCGGAGGCCUGCAGGGGAUCAGCAUGAAGGACAGCGAUGAGGAAGACGAAGAAGACGAUUAGCCCAUCGGUCCCACAGUCCACGAGAAUAGAGUCCUGUAAUCGAUGCAUGUCCUUAGUCUGUUAGCUAACCCCAUUAGGGAAUUUUCUGUCAACUCUCAUGACCAUGAAGCAGUCACCAAUACAAUUGUCAUCUUAGCUAUGUGGUCCCAAGAGUAGCCAAUGACCUUUGACUCCCUGAGUUCCUGAUUCUGUGUCUCUAUGUUUACAAGCAAUAUGAAGCACCAUUCUUUAAAUACUGUUCCAUAGGCCAGCUGCUAGGUGUGUCCCUGUUAUCAGCAGUUGAAGCUUCAUUCAUAUGCCGCGUGUGCGCUGAUGGUCAGUGGAUCUGAGGAUGAGGACACCAAGCACUUCUUUGCUUCCCAUCUGUGGAUGACAGUUAUUUAAAUGAGUACAUAAGUAAAGUCAUUAAGGCACACAGAUUUGCUUUGUGUUUUGAAAAAAAAAAAAAAAAGGCAAGGCUCUGGCAGCAAACUUUUAGUUCUUUCUGUCCCCUUAAAACUAAAAAAUGGACCCCUCGUGUCCUUGUUAAUCUAUCCUUUGACUUAUCUAUUUAGUUAGCCACGAAGACUAUGUACCAGUGGAUUGGUUCUCCUAAUUGCCACGGGAAGGGAGCGAUCCUAUCGUGGCCUAACAUCAAGCACAGUUCUGAGCAACUGUCUUCUGUCAAAGUUUACCCUAUUUAAUGUUUCAUUUUGCUUUUAUGUUUCAAUAACUGUGUAUGUAAAAAAAUGAAAUAUUUAAA